UGUAUAUAAGACACUCAUUGCCAAAGGCACGACCUCUUCAAGUUUCUAUCCGAAACAUCUUCAUCCGUAAAAUGUCUCUUUACAAAUAUUAAGUUUCAAGAACUCUUCAGAACAAUUUCACUGCGAGGGGACUGGGUGAGCAACAGCAACAUUUAAGAGAUUUCAGAAGAAGUAACAAGAACUUUCGAAAAUCAAGAUGUUUAUCAGAGAUCCAAAGACAGCCAAAAUUGGCGAAGAAAUUUUGCCCUUUGAAAUUGACACCAUUCCCGAAUAUUUCUUGAAGAAAGCUGAAGCAGAAUUGGGUGAAUCCACGGAAAAGAAGAUGCAAGGCCUUCGAGAAAUAAGAGAAUUAGCUCAAAAUGACAAACACACUAGAAAUUAUGAAUUCGAUGAUGACUUUCUCAUACAAUACCUACGAGCAAGAAAGUAUAACGCUACCAGAGCAUUUACUCAAUUGAAGGCCCUGGUGCAACUGAAAAAGAAGAAUCCUCAAAUAUUCACCGAUUUCAACUUCGAGAAAACUUCAAAAACUAUAAACGAUAAAACAAUUACGUUGCUUCCUUGGAGAUGCCAAGAUGGAUGUGCCAUUUUACUUAUUCAAUUAGAUAAUUGGUAUCCUGAAACUUUCCCGGUUGAAGAAGUCAAGAGAGCUUGCGCAGUCUGGCUAAUGCAAUCACUCCGGGAACCUAUGACUCAAAUAAACGGUUUCAAGGCCAUCUUAGACGUUAAGAGCAAUCCUUUCCGGCAUCUAAGACAUUGCACUCCUAAUAAUAUCUGGCUCAUAUACCAUGGCUCUCAGGAAUGUGUUCCUGGAAGAUACAAAGAAGUCCACAUUGUUAAUACGUCAGCUACAUUUAAGGCUGCUUGGUUCAUAAUAAAAUCCUUUAUGAGCGAUAAACUGAAGAAAAGAAUUAUUUUCCACAAUAACUCAAAAACUCUUAUAAAUUACUUCCCGAAAGAGAUCCUGCCAACUCAAUAUGGUGGAGAACUGGAAAAGUAUGACAUGACGAGUUGGCUCAGGAAGGCUAUGGCGCCAGAAAAAUUGGCGUUAAUUGGCGGCACUCGUCGUGAAUCCGUUUCCGACCCACGCCGUGACUCCCACCAUCGUCGUGAAUCUAAUUGUUUUAACUGGCGCCGUGAAUCCAAUUCCAGCAGACGCUCGUCUAAAGCUUGAGCUAUAUGGCAAUAUUUAUUCAUGAUGAAGUGUGUUGAUACUUAGAUACCUUUAACUUAAAAUAGUAUUUAUUUGUUAUUAUCUUUGCUUAAAUAUAUUUUUUUAAUGGAAAAGAUGUAAAAAGGAUUUAUCGAAAAGUUAUUUAUAACUAAGCUCGAAUUAUAGCUGAAAUAAUUGCCAAGGGCCUAAAAUAUUUUAUCCUUUGCUAAAUAAAGACCUUGCUUCAGAACAAUUUAUUUUACAAAAAUGUUUUCUUUGCAUUGAUUUAAAUGAUUCCAUUUCUCUUUUUAAAAAUCAACUUUAAUGAACUUGAAAUAAGAUUUUUUUGUGAUAUAAAUAAUGAAAUGAAGCUAUCAACUUGAAUGGAAAUAGUGAAUAAUUAAAAAAUUCUUAAAACUGCAUAUUUAAUAAAUUAAGUAUACUCUUAUUUUAGAUUAAGAUCGAAAACGGACAUUUGCUGAUCAGUUUACCUCUUGAAUCUGCAUAUUGAGAGAUUCUAAAGCAUUUCAAUUUGAGAGAUGCAUUCAAGGAAACAGUAGAGAGCUUUAUAUAUACCAUGCUGAAGUUCUCAGGUUUUCUUAGAUAUCAAAAUAAAGAUAAUAAUUUUCGGGAGUUUUAAAAGGCUUUAAGGAAUUUUGAAAAGCAUUCAAAAUGCUAUUUUUUUGGCUGCUUAUUAUAAAUAUUAUGGCAUGACAUGUACAGUAUAAUGAAGAGUUUUAACAUCUGAAACUUAGAGAACAUGACGUAAUAAUAUAUCACGUGGUGAGAUGUAUUUUGCACUGCAAGUAUUAUUCCUUGUAUAUUUUUGUAAUUAUUAAUAAAAAGUUUAAAGAUA